AUGAUUGCGUCAACGACGCAAGAACCUUCACGUGGAGAUGAUCGGAAGAAUCAAUCGUCAGGUGAAACCCUGGUGCGAUCACUGUCGACAAUCGAACCACAAGAAAUCAAUAGUUUUAUUCAAGAGCAGUAUGGAGCGUGUUGGGGAACUUUGAAAUUCGAAGAUUCACUUAGUGAUUAUGCCAACGAAGCUCGACCAUUUCUUUAUGUUGAUGAUACUAUUGAUCUUUAUGUUCUCCGGCAAUUUAUGACGAAUCAAUGGAAAUUAAAGCCACCAAACAUCGUCCUACCUAUUCUCAAUGGCAUCACAAACCAUAAACCAUUCAAAAAUCUCAAAAUGACGGAGACAUUGAAAAAUGGAAUAAAAAACGCAGCCAAUGCAUCUGAAGUAUGGUUUAUUACGAAUGGUAUCGAUACCGGCAUGCCACAGUUGAUUGGCUCAGCGUUUCGCGAUGAACUUUCUAUGAGAAGAGCAGAUGAUGCAUGGGCUAUACAAAUGGAUCGAACGCCAAAAAAACGUAAACAACUAAUAUUAAUUGGUAUUGUGUGUGAUGAUGAAAUUAAAGAUAUCAUUGAUACGAAAUCAGCGAAAGAUACAACAAAAAUGGAAGUGAAAGUUCCAACACGAAAACGUGAGCAACUAUCGUUAAACAGCGAUCAUACACAUUUUAUUAUCAUUCGUGAACAACCGGUUGGUGCUAAUGCGAAAAAAGCUGCUGAAAGUGAAGCUUCAACAGAUAAAACUGGCGGCAAACAGUUAGAAAAGCUUACCGAUUCAGCUGAAAGUUUAACGAAUAAAUUUCGCGAUCAUUUCGAGCAAUUUCUGCAUCAAGAAGUUUUACCACAGCCAAAUUCUGAAGUUUCCCCGUCCGCUACGACUCAUUUUAUACUCGAAGCAGCACAGAAAGCAGCUCCGUGGAGUGAAGAUGGUUUUCCAAUGGUUUGUACAUUAGUUCGUGGAACACCAGGAACAAUCGAACUUUUAUAUCGAAAAAUCCAACAAGAGGUACCCGCAGUUAUUCUAAAGGGCACAGGAUCAGCUGCUGAUAUCAUUGCAUUCGCGCACGAAGAAAUCAAUGCAAAAAAUGACAAAGAAUACGAUGAUGGAUAUCUGAAAGUUGAAUUAGCACGACGAUUACUUGAAGAAUAUCCAAUAUUGAAAGAUAAUAAUGUCAAACGAAAUGAAAUCCGCGAUCAUAUUAUUGCAAUCGUUAAAAAAGCCGAUCAAGGCAAACGGAAAUUCUUGACCUUUCUUGAUGUUAAUAGUGCAACGGCAUCGUUAAAUGAUUUUCACAAAUUUAUUCUCUCAGCUCUGUUGCAAUCUCAAAAAGCGGUGACGGGAAGCAAAGUCAAUGUUCAAUUAAAACGAAAUCUCUUAUUAACAUUAGAUUGGAAUUUACCUGAUUUAGCCCUUUCGGAGAUCUUUCAACGUGACGAUGAUAUGAAAUACACAAUUCAAAACGAUCUGUUCGAUAAAGCUGUUCUCGGGAAGAAACUUGAAUCUUUUGUUGAUUUAUUUCUCGACCGAGAAUUCGUUUUACAUCGAUAUUUGAAAUCUGACAAACUCGUUGCUUUGUUCAACCAAGCGAAAGAUCGAGAAUUUCUGACAACGACGUCUCUCGAAGGUAUUCUUGGUUUAACUGGAGAUGAAGAAGAAAUGCCACCGAAUUUCGUUGAACAUGGCCUUAAUAUCAUUGUUAAACGCUUAACAGGAAUUAGUCAUUUUUUCAGUAAACAUGAAAUGGAUUGUAAUGCUAUGGGAAUCUAUUUUGGUGAUAAAUCAGACAAAGGUGUUCAACGACAAAGAAUACGCGCAGAAAAGAAGGCACUUCGACAUUUGAUUAUCUAUGCUGUAUUGAUGAAUCGACAUCAAUUAGCGAAGAUUCUCUGGAAACGUUCAUCUGAGCCGAUUCCGUUAGCAUUAAUUUGUUGUAUGAUGUUCAAAAAAUUAGCACCGUAUUGUCAUGAAUCGUAUCAGAGAUUAUUAAUUAUGAAACAAGCAAAAGAAUUUUCGGAUUGUGCAGUUGGUGUUCUUGAUAAAGCAUUCAAUGAAGAUACAAUGCGAACUUUUGAAAUGUUAGAUGAGAAACAUCCCGAUUGGAAUCAUAUGGCAACGGUUGAGUUAGCAUACAAUGCCGAAAAUAAAGAAUUCAUGGCACAUGCUGCUUGUCAAAAAUGGGUUACGCGGCAGUUCUAUGGCGAAAUUACUCCACGAGAGCUCUCCUGGGGUUUGUUCAAAUGUCCUGACUAUUUGAAAAUCAUCUGUUGUGCAAUUCUCGUUUUUCCGAUGUGGUUUUGGAUCAACUUUUCUCCAAUUGGUCAAGCACCACCUGCCCCAAAGAAAAUCAGCGAUUUGCAAACUGAUAAAAAAACAGAUAAAGAAGCCGAACCUCAAAUUCAUGAAUCGCAACGACUGGCUGAACACGUCGGUGACGUCAGCAUUCAAGAAGGAAAUGGUUUUCUCUCACGGACGACGAGAAGUGUCCGAAAGAAACUUUUCGGUCGUAAAAAGAGCAUCACACCACCACCAGCGUCAACUUCCGAUGAAGAACCCAUGAGUCAUUUCGAAGAAAUUAAAGUUCUCUGGACUGCACCGAUCACGAAAUUUUAUACAAACUUUGUUGCUUAUAUUGUCUUUCUUGCAUUCUUUACAUUGGCAGUCAUGUGGCCGUCGUGUGGUAAUCUUCUGUUGGAUUGUAUCGUUUGGUUUUGGACAGCGUCGAUUGCUUUUGAGAAUACACGUGUUGCAUAUGAAAAAUAUUGCUCACAAAGUAGUUUACCUUUGCAAAGAGCAGUUUUAGAAGUAAUUGUUCAAACGAUAUUUUUGUCAUUGUAUCUUAUCGUUCGAAUCAUUGGUCUAUGGAAUUUCGGAACUUGUCAAAUCUUAACAGCAAAAGCGAUCUUGGGUAUUGGUUUGAUCUAUUAUUAUUAUCGAAUUCUGUUUAUUUUCUUACCAAUCAGUCCAAAACUUGGUCCUAUGAUGAUUCGACUUCGAUGCAUGAUUAUGGAUGAUUUUUUUACAUUUUUACAACUAUUCGUCAUAUUUAUGAUUUCAUCCGGUGUUGCUAUCACAGCCGUUCUUUAUCCACAUUACCCAUUGGGUUUGGAUUUGUUCACCAAAGCAUUUGUAUUCCGUGGUCUAAUGGCGUUAUUCAGUAGCGAAAUGGCUGAUUUAAAAAAUCAACAUUUACCAUGCACAAUCAAUUCCACAAAUGACGCAGAAAAGGAAUAUUCAUGUUUACGUCUGUCCCAUGGUCUAUCAUUUAAAUAUGAUAACAUAUAUGCGUAUAAUCGCUAUGGAAUAACUUCACCGAAAUGUAAUCAACCAUCAUGGAUCGCAUGGUUCUUACUUAUUCAAUAUUUCUUCCUGGCAAAACGUUUUCUGACAUCACUAUUGACGGCUAUGUUCGGUUUGACUGGAGCGCGAGUGCAAAGUCAAUCGGAACAAAUCUGGAUGUACAAUCGAUAUGAAAUUGUCAUGGAAUACGCAAAACGGCCACGUCUACCACCACCAUUCGUCGUGAUUUCUUAUAUCGGUAUGGUCAUAUCUGCUGCAAGUCGACAAUGCAUUUUAAAACUGAAAGAUUACUCAGAUAAAAAGAACAACACCAACACUCGCCCACGGGCUUCGUCAAGUGCGUCAGGAUUUAGCGUUUACCGUAAUGAACUCGUUCCUAACAAUAACCCGAACUCAUCAGCACCGUUAGUUACAACUGAUGAUGCUCGAAGUGGACUGAAUGAUAUAACAGUUGAAAUUCCUGAAGAUCGAUCUUUGUUAGGACGUUUAUUAAAUUGUAAACCGUGUCGACAAGUGACUGAUAAUCAAAAACAAAAACUUGAAUUAGCGAAACAGAAUUGGGAGGAUAGUGAAGCUAAUUUGUAUUGGAAAUACAAAGCAAAAGAAUUCUACGCAAAAACUCAAGAAGCAGAUAAAGUUCAAGAGAAAUUGGACAAUUUGACGAACAAUGUGACAAAUGUACAGAAAGAUAUGGAUGUACAACGGAAAUCUUUGCGACGAAUUAAUGAUCGGGUUGUGACACUGGAAAAACUAAUGAUCGAUUCGCAUAUUUUAUUAGAGAAAAUCCGUGCCACAAUUCAACAGGAAGAUAAAUUUCUACCGGAGAGCCAAAAAUUUAUUCAUAUUCUAUCACGAGAAUCACCAUAUAUUCAUACAAAUGAAGCACGAUUUCCAGUCACAGAAAGAUAUAUUCCAUGGAAGAUUCCAUUUGAUCUAUACGAUCCAACAGUAAUCUCAUUACCUAAAGAACACGGUUGCUUUCAAGAUGGUGAACGACCGUUUGUUGAACCGAAUCUAAUACCAAAAUCGAGUUCAAGCUUGAAUGAUGAUGAUGAACCUGAAUCUGUUGUUGACACUUAUGUAACGCCAUCAACACCGAUUGGUCAGUCAGGAACAUUCGGAGCGAUUGAACCCGCUGACACAACUGUAUCAGAUAAUCUUACGAUUCCCGUCGCCGAUCCCAAAUGGAACCAAGUUGUUGAAGUUGAAUUAUCAGACGAUAAAAAGAUGAUUUUGGAUCGAACAACUUGGGUGACAGCUCCUGGAGAAAAAACUCCACUUGUCUAUCGAUUAGAUACACAAUUGUUAAUUCCAUUGAAUCCAAUGGGCCGAACAGGUGUCCGCGGUCGUGGUGCCUUGAUACGUUGGGGACCGAAUAAGACAAUUAUGGCGGUCAUAACACGAUGGAAAAAGCAUCGCGGUCAAUUCGCGUACGUCGACGGGCAGAAAAUUCUAGAAGCGUUAGUUUUCAAAGAUAAAUAUACUAACGAUUGGAAACUUCCAGGAGGCAAAAUUCUUGGUGUCGAAUCGCCAUAUGGUGCUAUAUGUCGUAGCUUUAAUAAACUUGCCUUCCAAGAUGAAGAUUCUGAGCAUAGUUUAACACUACAAGAACGUGAUAUGAUUGAACAUUUUAAAUCAUUCGCUCGUUCACCUACCAAUCCAACAGGAUCAACAGACUUUGAAUAUCACAUGAUCUAUCGAGGAUACAUUGAUGAUCUUCGAAAUACGGACAAUGCGUGGGUAGAAGCCGAAAUCUGGAAUUUCCACUACGAUUCGAUACUAUCAUUUCCAAAUCUACGUACUGAUGGUAUGGCAGUGUGGAAAGAUGUAACAUAUAAUUCUCGUGGUUUUCUUAUGCAAACGUCGAUCCUACGUGAAAUAACUCGUGUUCAUGACGCUUAUUUUGAGUGA